AGACUAUCCAUCAAAACCCCUCUCCAAUCCUUUCUUCAGCUUUCUCUUCGACUUUCUCUCCCUGUUGAGAGAAAAAGAAAAUUUAAACGUGAACUUCGUUCACAGAAUAUUUUCUCGGAAAAGAAAAUAGAAAACCAUAAUCUUUCUCUCCGUCCAAACACAGAAAAUGUCUCAUAUAAUGUUCCAAACCUCUCCACUUCCCAAAACCUUGUUAUUAAAGCCGAGUCUGCCGCCCCCACCCGGUAAGCAUAGGAAAAAUCUGACUUUGAGAUGUUCAUCUUCCUCUUUAAUCGACGGUGGGGAGUCCUCCGUCGCUUCUCUAGAGCGCUGUUUCUUGGCACCACCGGCGCCUGUGGAGUCCGCAUCUUCAGGUUCGGGUGAGGUUGGACCUGUUAUGAAAGGAGGGCAAUACGGUGCGUUUGGUGCGGUUACCUUGGAGAAGGGGAAGCUUGAUUUGUCUCAGAAGCAGUCUACUUCUAGCCCUGAGCUUGCAACUGGAGGAGGUGGUGGAGAUAUUGGAAAGAAAAUUAAUCAUGGAGGUGGAGAUGGGGGUGAUGAUGAUGGAGAUGAUGAUGAUUAUUUUGAUGACUUUGAUGAUGAUGGUGAGGGAGAAGAGGGGGGACUAUUUAGAAAGCGUAUGUUUCUUGAAGAGCUCUUUGAUCGAAAAUUUGUAGAUGCCGUAUUAAAUGAGUGGCACAAGACGAUGAUGGACUUGCCUGCUGGCUUCCGACAAGCUUAUGAAAUGGGAUUGGUCAGUUCAGCCCAGAUGGUAAAAUUCUUGGCAAUUAAUGCCAGACCAACCACUAGUAGAUUUAUUUCUCGGACUCUUCCUCAAGGAAUGUCUCGGGCAUUUAUUGGCAGGAUGCUUGCAGAUCCUGCCUUUCUAUACAGGCUUCUUUUGGAGGAGGCUGCUACUAUUGGCUCUUCUGUUUGGUGGGAGGUGAAGAAUCGAAAGGAUAGGAUUAAGCAAGAAUGGGAUCUGGCACUUAUGAAUGUGCUUACAGUAGCAGCAUGCAAUGCUCUUGUAGUUUGGUCUCUAGCUCCUUGUCGUUCGUAUGGCAAUACCUUCCGGUUUGACUUGCAAAACACGUUGCAGAAGCUUCCCAACAAUAUAUUUGAACGGAGUUACCCACUUAGAGAAUUUGACUUGCAAAAGAGAAUCCAUUCUCUUUUCUACAAGGCUGCAGAGUUGUGUAUUGUUGGAUUAACUGCUGGAGCAGUACAAGGUUCUUUGUCAAAUUUUUUGGCCAGUAAAAAGAAGGAAAAGUUGUCUGUGACAAUUCCGUCCAUGAGUACCAAUGCGCUGGGUUAUGGUGCUUUCCUUGGACUCUAUGCAAACCUUAGAUAUCAGCUUUUGUGUGGGUUUGAUCAAGCAAUGGUCAACCAUUUUGAUGUCAUUGGUGUAGCAUUGUUCUUCAGCACUGCUUUAAGGGUUCUGAAUGUUCAAUUAGGAGAGAGAUCAAGGUUGGCUUGGCUAGGUGUUGAGGUGGAUCCACUGGUUCAGUCAGAUGACCUCUUGAAGGCUUAUAACAGACCUUCUGAGGAUGGGACCAGAUCCUCCUCUAAAUGGUUUAUAUCAAAGAAUGCCAUUGUUUCUGGUCUUGGACUUCUUGGUAUCAGACAAGGAAAUGCUGAAUCUGCUGCCAAUGAAGAAACGAGAGCUCCAAAGGCCCGGAGAAAGAGGAUUGUGAGGAAGAAGGUAACUGCAAGCUCUGCGUAGUUAAUUGACAUAAAUUCGAUUGCUGUCCAAUUUUGCUGCUUGACUGAGAGAAUACAAUACGAAAGAGAACCUCUUGCUAAGAUUUUUGUCUGGUGCUGAUCGCUGGCUAAACAAAUCCAAAUGGCACCAGCACAGUAACUGAAGAGUUCUUGACUGCUGCUACUCAAUUUCAUUUGAUGUUAAAUAUUUGUUAUACCAAUGAAGUGCUAUACUCCAAGUUGAGUCGGUUCGAUUUCAUUUGCACCGCAAAUAAUUGGCAGGGAUGUUUCUGGCAGAUGCUUGGUCUUAGAUGACCUACGAUAGAGUGAUGUGCAGUUAAGUGUUCAGUAAGUUUCUAAAUAUGAUUGUCAUAUUUUUUUCUUUUCAAAUGAAGUUAGAGUCGAUUUCACUGCA